CUAUCUUCUUCUUCUUCUCCCAAUUCUCUCUCUAGAAAAAAGAAAAUGGCUUCCACUCUCUCUACAGCUUCUCUCCGCUCCCCAUCUUGUUCUUCGUCCUCUUAUCCAUCAAAUUUUUCUCAGUCCCCAAGACCCUUCUCUCUCCAUUUCCCAUUUUCUCCCUCCUCCAACAAUCUCUCUCAUCGCCUCGUUCAUCUCCGUCCAGUCUCCGCCGCGGCCGCGCCGGAGAAAGUUGUAGAAAUCGGCGAUGUUAUCUCCAAAUUGACGCUUGAAGAGGCUCGGAUUCUGGUUGACUACCUCCAGGAGAAGCUCGGCGUUUCGGCCGCCGCGUUCGCCCCUGCCGCCGUCGCCGUCGCGCCCGGCGCUGGUGCCGGCGGAGACGUCGCAGCCGCCGCCGUCGAGGAGAAGACGGAGUUCGAUGUUGUUAUUGAGGAUGUGCCGAGUAAUGCGAGGAUCGCUGUGAUUAAGGCUGUUAGGGCUUUGACGAGCUUGGCGUUGAAGGAGGCGAAGGAGCUGAUUGAAGGUUUGCCGAAGAAGUUUAAAGAAGGGAUUUCGAAGGAAGAGGCGGAGGACGCGAAGAAGCAGCUCGAAGAGGCUGGGGCGAAGAUUGCCAUUGUUUAAUUGGCUGGUUAGUUUCUCGAAUUCAAGCUUUAGAAUGUAGGCAUUCUGGUGAAAUUGGAGAUGGGUUAUUUUUUCAAUUGUUAACUGAUGAUGAAUUUAGUUGGAAGUUCUGUUCAUGGAUGCCUUAUUUUUCCUGAAUUUGAGCGCUCAAUUCGCCAUUUCUGAAGCUGUGUUUAGAUGCCCUUUUCAGUUUAUUUUUCUUGCUCAUAACGUGUUUGUUAAAAUGCCAACAAGAAGCUUUGCUGUGCCCAUGAAUUCACUUUUGGUCUGAACUUCUAUAACUUAAAAGUGGAUCUGAAUGAACAAACUUUGGCCAA